AUGUGUCGGUUUCGCGACCUCUUUGGUCUUUUUGUUCUCGGUCUCGAUUCCCUGGCUUCAGGGGCGCCUUUACCCGGCGACGAGGAACCAACUUCUCCAAAACUCAUCCUUCACGAGGAAGGAGAGUUUGCCACAGACAACUCGAGCUUGCUUGAGAUGAAAGAAUUUGAGAGAUCAUCGCCUGCAGCAGAUCCUCAACACAUUGACGAGACAUAUCUGGCGCUCGUAAACGGCAGCCCCUACAUAUGGGCCAAGACAUACAUUCACCAAUACCAGAUGCCCCAGUGGGAGCAAGAUAUGCCCCAGUUCAUCUAUCCUGGAGAAUCAAUCUCCAUCCUCAUCCAGCCAACACACGGAGCCGGAAACUGGGCCGACUCUGCUGCGGAGGUGGAGUACGCCCUCAGAGGUACCUCGGAGCCCAUGUCUUUCAUGAUCAAGUUCAACAACAAGGGCUCCAGCUUCCUCAAAGUCGAGUACCGCGGCGAACUGGCCUCGAUCAACAACGCCAAGGGCAGCGUACACAACCUUGGCAUCAACAUGUACCCUGGCGGCUCGGCUUUCAUCCUCGCCGGCAAGGAGGGCGAGUUCAUCACCAACGACCCGCCCAUCGGCUGGAUGCAGACUCUGCUCCCCCAGCUUGAGAAGAAGCCUCUCCGGGAGAUUGUCCUCCCGAGAUCUCACCACUCCGGUCUGUGGGGACACUUCAAGAAGGUCGGCCUCGCAACACCGGCCAAUGCCCAGACACAGACGGUGCAACUCAACGACCAGCUCGGCGACGGUGGCAUCCGAGUUCUUGACUUCAGGCCCUUGCGAACAAAAGACGGUUAUCGCGAGAUUCACGGGACCCGCAUUCUCGAUCUUUUCCACGGCGUCAUGGGAACCUCUCUCAAAGACAUGAUCCAGAUUGUCAAUGACUUUAACCGCCAGAAUCCCGGCGAGCUCAUCAUCUGGGACGUCCAUGGCUCCCAAGGCUGGAACGCCGAGCGCGACUAUCACGCUCUCGAUCAAGUCGACCGCGUGGCGCUCUACGAAGAAUUCAAGGCGCUGGAGAACCGCAUCCACGUACUCGGCGAGGGCUGGGACCUCUCCAAGUUGGAGCUGGGCGAGUUCAUCGGCAACAAGACCUCUGCCGUCAUUGUCAACUUCGACGACAGUUGGCGCAAGAUGGACGGCGACCUGUUCCCCGGCAGCACCGAGGGCUACGUCACGGGCGCCAUCUUCCCAAUGCACCACCCCUGGACCAACACCGACCAGAUCGACCACAUGGUCCAGCACCAGGUCAGCGAGUAUCGCAAGACUCGUCCGGUGCCGCAGAGCCCGAUCCACAUCACGGAAUGGCUCUUGACGCAGCAGGGCCUCGGGGCGGCAGUGCCCAUACGGCCCAUUACGGAGCUGGCGCGCUCUGCGUGGAGGACGUUGUUUCAUGAGCUUUGGAUUUCGACGACGAGCAACUCUUAUCCUAAUUGGAUAUCGGUGGACAAUGUGCGCGGGAAUCAGCUCAAGGCACUGGUCAUGGCUAUGAACCACUGUCUGGUGGCCAAGCAGUGUGGUGAUCUGGGCGGCAAGGUGACGUUUGAUGAGGUGCCGGACGGUGUGGAUGACACGCCUCCUGAGUAG